ACUUGAGAGCUUGAGAGGCAACAAGCUGGGAUCUGACAUCCCUUGACGAGAUUGUCUUUCUCUCUUCCCGUUCGCAACUACAACUUAGAUUAAGUCCGUGUGGAUUCAAGUUUCCGUGAAUCACACACUCCAUAUCUAAGAAUCUCGGGUUGGACACUGGUCCUUGCAAAUUCCAUGCCUCAAGACGAAGUUACCGGUCUAUAUGCAUGGAUAUUCGCUGAACCAUUGUCCCCUCGUUCAUCUUUCGACACAAACUGUUAAAGACGAGUCUGGGCAGCUCGACGUGCUCUCCCUCACUUGGCGCGGUCGACCUGUUACUCAGUAUCUCCAUGGCAGAUAGUAUUCAAUACGUACAGCGGACCCUCGACAUUUUUUACACCUAACUCUACAGGUACUAAUCUGUCCCAUCAUUAAUCAUUCUUUAGUCCACUGAUCGACUGUCCCCCAAAAUCUUCUAUCAGUACAACUAAAAGAAAAGAAAAAAAAGAAAGAAAAAGGAAAAGAAGAGAUCUGAAUCACAUACCAUAGUAUUCACAUCACUAAUAGCUGGCCUAUCGCCACCACCACGAUACCCGUCUAAUAUCCCUGCUUCCCUGAUGCCCAUCGAUCUCUCCCGCGGCAUGUAUGGGCCAAACCAUCAGCAGGGACACAACUCACGCCUCAAUGGUGUCCCCGGCGGUCGUGGCAUUGCGCCACAGAUGAUGUACAACUUUGUGCAGCAAAGUGCUCAUCAACACCACACUCACCCGCAGCAACACCACCAAAGCCUUCCUCAAGAUCAUGCCGGCCACACCGGUAACACAGGCUCCCUUGCUCACUCUACCUUUUCUUCCGGUCUCAUGUCCAAUGUAACUCCAUUCACACCAAGCAGCCACCAAAACGGAAAUACACCAGGUUCUCGAGCCGGCCAAACCCAGCAGUACAGCGAGCACUGGAAUGAGCAACUAAAAUCCUACAAGGAGUCCGAACGUGCCCAUCAGACGAUGACGGAACAACACCAACCUCAUUACUUUGCUAGGCUACGGGCCAACGAGAAUAAAGGUAUUGGCCCAGCUCUUCCGAGCACCAACCAGCCUGAAUCAAACGUCGAUGGAGAGGUGGAGGAUAGAGGCCGUCCCGUUAACGUCGACAAGGCCCUCGAUCGACAGGAUUGGCUGAACCUGGAUUUCAGUGGGCAAGGCCUAAAGAACAUUUCUACCAUGCUCUUCAACCACUAUUCCUUUCUCACUGAACUUUAUCUUGCCUCCAAUAAUCUGACUCGUCUACCCCGGGAGAUUGGACAACUCAGAUCCUUACGAUACCUUGAUGUAUCCCAUAAUCAACUCACCAUGUUACCCCCCGAGUUGGGCAUGUGUACUCCCCUCCGUCAAUUACUCCUCUAUAACAACAAUAUCCAAACCAUCCCUCCGGAACUCGGCGCCUUGCAUUUCCUCGAGUUACUUGGCAUCCAUGGCAACCCGCUAGAACAGGACCAAAAGCAGAAGCUAGUUGAGGAAGGUACCAAGGCCUUGAUCGCUCAUCUCAAGGAGCAAGCACCAGUACCCAUACCGCCGAACCCGAGAUUACCCAUUACCAUCCAGGAAGAUGUGGGUUCGGACAAGGAGCAUAUCCGCGUCAUGUCGUGGAAUACUCUUUGCGACAAGUAUGCAACCAGCACACAGUACGGCUACACUCCGGCCAGUGCCCUAUCGUGGGAGUACCGAAAGGACAGCAUCAUGCGGGAAUUCCGUGAACGAAGCGCCGAUAUUCUCUGCUUACAAGAAACCGCUAUGGAUGCGUUUGACACGUUCUUCACUCCUGAACUUGGCAAGCUUGGUUACAAGGGCGUAUUCUACCCGAAGACUCGUGUCAAGCACUUGACGGGCAAAGACCAACAAUCCGUCGACGGCUGCUCUAUCUUCUACAAGAGUGACAAAUAUAUCAUGUUGGACAAACAGCUCGUAGACUUCAGACAAACGGCCAUUAAUCGACCUGAUAUGAAAUCAGCCGACGAUGUCUUCAAUCGAGUCAUGCCGAAAGAUACUAUUGCUGUCUAUUGCUUUUUCGAGUCAAGAUUUACUGGUAAUCGAUUCAUUGUUGUCAACGCGCAUCUAUGCUGGGAGUCCUUCUUAGCGGACGUCAAGGCUGUGCAAACCGGAAUUCUGAUGGAGCUCGUUACAAAGCAAGCAGAAAGAUACACCCGUCGGCCGCCCCUAUCAAUCGAAGAGAAGAGGUUAAACAAGCCGGCAGCUACGGAAGGAGACGCGGAUACUGCUGAAGAAUAUCCCGAACCUGCACCUAGCCAGGAGUACCGCAACAAUACAGACAUUCCCCUGUUACUUUGCGGUGACUACAACUCGAUGGCCGAUAGCUCUGUAUAUGAGCUCUUGGAGAAGGGACGGAUACCACCCGAUCAUCCCGACUUAAUUGGCCACUCGUACGGAAAUUUCACGCGCGACGGCAUUGAGCACCCUUUUAGCCUGCGCAAUGCCUACGCCCAUCUAUUCGGAACUCCGGCGGAGCUCACCUUCACGAACUACACACCCACAUUCUCUGGCGUAAUCGACUACAUAUGGUAUACCGCUAACACGCUAGACGUCGUCGAGUUACUUGGGCCUCCGGAUUACGAGUAUCUCAAGCGCGUCCCCGGAUUCCCGAACUACCAUUUCCCUGCCGAUCACAUACAAAUCAUGGCAGAUUUCGUCUUCAAGCCUACGAAAGACAAGAAGGUAAUCGCCGACCAGGAUAGGUCCGGUGGUUCCUCUAGGAAUUGAGGGCGGUCCUAGGAAUGCUACGGUACACGGGUAAACGAAUAUAGUAGGGCGCAUGUCUCUCAACCCUUGGCCCUGAACUAUCGUUGCGUUGAGUUCCACCAAUGCAGGCACGUAACAAUAGAAAUGCUUCGUGACGAUUCUGAUUCGACGGGCCUCAGGAGGAGGGAACGCGCCAGCUGUGUGCAUUUGAAGAGAUGAGGCGUGAUACAGCAAAUCUUUUCUCAUACAUUGAGGACGGGUUUUUUGCAGGGCAGAGUUAGGUUGGAAAU